AUGGGCACGCACAUAGCCAUAAAUGUGCAGACCCCGACACACGAAAGCUUCAACGAGAGCGCGGACGAACAAUGUCCAGGGCGCACAACUUAUCCAGUCCUGACGGAGAGAUGAGAGUCCAUCGGCGAGACGCGCGCCAUCUGAACUACACGAGCGGCAUGCGCGCUUAUUUUGUUGAUUGAGAAAAGUUUCAUGAAGAGAUACCAUGUUUAUGAAUGGGAGUUCUUUGAACAGUUCUGCACCGGACCCUAGCGAGCAAACGCUUCAUCGGCCGCCCUGGGUCACCACUACUCUCGGAUGUUUCCUCAUAUUCACUAUAGUAGUGGAUAUUUUAGGAAACCUGCUGGUGAUUUUCUCCGUCUACAGAAACAAGAAACUUCGGAACGCAGGUAACAUCUUUGUGGUCAGUCUGGCUGUGGCAGACCUGGUGGUGGCCAUCUACCCAUAUCCUCUAGUCCUCACCUCCAUAUUUAACCGGGGCUGGAACCUGGGAUACAUGCACUGCCAGAUCAGUGGCUUCCUGAUGGGCGUCAGUGUAAUCGGCUCCAUUUUCAACAUCACCGGCAUUGCAAUCAAUCGCUACUGCUACAUAUGCCACAGCCUCAAGUAUGACAAGCUUUAUAGCGACAAAAAUUCAGUGUGCUACGUGCUCUUGAUCUGGGUGUUGACAGUGCUGGCUAUAGUGCCUAACUUGUUUGUGGGCUCCCUACAGUACGAUCCACGGGUUUAUUCCUGUACGUUCGAGCAGUCGGCUAGCUCGGCGUAUACGAUCGCUGUCGUCUUCUUCCACUUUAUCCUGCCCAUCAUGAUCGUUACUUACUGUUACCUGCGAAUCUGGGUUCUGGUCAUACAGGUGAGAAGACGCGUCAAGCCAGACAAUCGUCCCAAGCUCACGCCCCACGAUAUACGAAACUUUGUGACAAUGUUUGUGGUUUUUGUCCUCUUUGCUGUCUGCUGGGCACCGUUAAACUUCAUUGGGUUGGCGGUAGCCAUUUCUCCAGAGCACGUGGUUCCUCUAAUACCCGAAUGGCUCUUCGUGGCAAGUUAUUUUAUGGCAUACUUUAACAGUUGCCUCAAUGCAAUAGUCUAUGGAGUGCUUAACCAGAACUUUCGUCGCGAGUACAAGCGCAUUGUGGUGUCCCUAUGUACUGCGAAGAUCUUCUUUCAAGACAGUUCAAAUGAGGCACAAGAGAGACUCAAAAGCAAACCUUCUCCACUCAUGACUAACAACAAUCAGGUCAAAGUGGACUCUGUGUGAAAAGUCAUGUUCCAAAAACCAGCUUGACCACCUUAAACUGGUAAAUGGUUUGUUGCUGGUCCAAGAUGGUUUACCAUUGCUACUAUACAGCAUGAAACAUCUAAAAAAAGAGCUAAUAAAGCUAAGGCUAGGUUUUCAAGGAAGGCAUGUAUGUGUGUAUUUGUUUAUGAGCUGAAGAGAACAACAACAAAAUGAAUCCUUGCUUGCAACAAAGCAAACAAUAAUCUUAAAAAAUCUGAUAACACUACCAAAUAUGUGUCUUGUCCUGAAACUGUGACAUGUUGCCUCAAAACAAUCAAAAUGAACAGGAAGUUGUUAUUAUGUCUUUUAUAAAGCACUUUGUUUUAUCAUUGUUGGUCAAAUGGACUUAUAUGUAUACAUUUAAAUGUUUACAGUGAUUAUAACAGCCAAUCUAUGUAAGACUUUCUGUAACAGUUUUGUAUGAAUUACUACAAAGAUGCAUAUAUGAGGGUAUAAGUGAUAAAUCACUUUAUGUAAAUAUGAAGAGAUUGGUUCCAAAACGCGAUAAAAAAAAGAGUUACUGCCAAAAUCAAUAUUGUAUCAGGUCAGUAUUAAAAUGUAAAUUCUUAAUUUUACGCCAAAUCCAAUAUCCGCUGUGUUAUUCUGUAAUCUUUUCUCCCUUUUUUCCCAAAACACGAUAAACGCCAGUCCUCCUUCUCUGCAGAAGGCAAUAAAUCCGCUCAACAAAUCACAGCGCACCAUUCCACGCAUUGUAAACUACAAUGGCGGCGCGUUAAAUACACACUGAAUCCUAGUUAACCAACCUGUGGUGGUUUUCUGUGGCUAGGAAAAAACCUAAGCCAUCAAAAUUGAAUAAUUUACGUGAGAAGCACUCAGGCGAAGGAAAAAUGCCGGCUGUUUGAUUUCACAUGACAGCAUCAAGCUUCUGUCAUGCUAACACAUUUGACCCCAGGGGAUCUUAUGAAAAACUUUACAUUAUUUUACUCAUAGUCAACGAAAAUCGAGCAGGACCAAAACAUUUUACAGCUGAUCGCUGUCAAAAAAGUUCAGCGACGACGUCCCGAGGAUGACAGCAGCAAUGACAGUAUUCUUAAUAUGACAAAGUAAGUGUUUUGAUUAAUGAUAUUAAUGUCUCUUUUUUAAUCAGUGUAUACCACUAGUCAACUUAAUAAAUAUAACAUGGCACUGAUGAAUUCACAUUUAUAUAUUGAUUCAAUAGAUUUAUAGCAUUU